AGACACUUCCAGGGUUGUGAGGUAAGCUAUUUUGCAUAAAAUAGGUGGGAAAAAUAGAGUUGCAGGGGAAAGUUAAAUAGGGCACACUGAGCAAGAAGCUUCUUAGUUCUCUAGGAAUUUCUACCAUUUGUGUUUCUGGCCAGCCUGCGUACAGAGGGUGGUAACAUAAGUGAGAUUUUCCGUCUUGGCAGGACAGUGACUGGUGGCUGCCUCCAUAAAUCUUGUGGGUAUCUGCAGUCUAGACAUGUUUUAGAGCCUGCAUGCUUGGGAAGACAGCAUUCAGUAAUCCCAAGAUUAAUUUCUGAUUAAAGGAAGUGAGUAUUACUAAGAAUCAAGCUUACUAAAAAUACAAUUUAUCUGUAAAGACUGGAAACAAGGCACUAACUUGCCGGCCUUUCUCUAAUAAGCUCAGUACUGAAACAGUUAAAGUGAUCCUUUUAGUUGAUUGUCUUAACCCAGGGGUAGCAGAGUCCCUUUCCAGGAAUGCAGGGUGGAGAGGAAAUCCACUGUUUUCUCUCGUUUUGGCUGUUUUUCACACCACCUCCAGCUCUUAUCAGAAGCUGAUGUGUUUAGUAACUCCCUGUCCUGACUAAAUGAGUUGGAGGCAGGAGCGGUUUUUGAAAGAGCGACUCAGAGCCCAGAGCAUCAGCAGGACCCGGAGCCCAGCCAGGCGUGGCAGAGCUCCUGGGGAGGCUUCACUUGAGCACCCUCUGGGGCUGCUGGAGUUGCUCUCCUGCACAAGGACCCGCAGACUCUCCUUGGCAGGAGCAGAGGCACUGCCUGGGAAAGUGAGGUGGCAACGACCGGCCCAACCUAGUGAUACUCCUCGUAUCAGAGAAGUUCAAGGUUGGUUUGUGCUAGAAACAGCUAAUCACUGCCACAAUGACAUCUUCAAGCUCUGCCCAGCAUCCAGCAGCUGAGAAUGCCUGCAGAGUCACACUCGGACAAGUUAACCAGGUGCGACCCAAACUGCCACUUCUGAAGAUUCUGCAGGCUGCAGGCGCCCAAGGUGAAACCUUCACGCUGAAGGAGGUUAUGCAUUACCUAGGACAGUAUAUAAUGGUGAGGCAGCUAUAUGACAAAAGACAGCAGCACAUGGUCUAUUGUGGAGGAGAUCAGCUGGGAGAACUGCUGGGACUGGAAAGCUUCUCUGUAAAAGAUCCAAGCCCAGUCUAUGACAUGUUGAAACGGAACCUGACUUCUGCUGCAGUGGCAGAUGCUGCACAGAAUCUCGCAAAGGAACAGAGCGUCGAUAAGCCAAGCCAAGACCAGCUGAAGUUUAGCCGGCAAGAAGGUUCUGACACUGGCAUCAUGGACGGUGAAAACAAUGCUUCUGCUUUGUCUACCUCAGAGCAAAAAUGUGAGAAUUAUGAAGACAAAGACUUAAUAGAAAACCUCUCUAAAAGCAAGAAGCCUAAACUGGACCUAGUGUUUGAGGAAUGGGAUGUAGCUGGUCUUCCAUGGUGGUUUUUAGGCAACCUCAGAAGCAAUUACAAGUCCAGAAGUAAUGGAUCAACAGAUAUUCAGACUAACCAGGACAUAGACACUGCCGUUGUUUCAGAUACUACUGAUGACUUGUGGUUCCUCAACGAAUGCCCGUCGGAUCAGAGCAGUGCUGCAGUCAAGGUGGAAACGGUUGACUGCGAGGAAGUGAAAGAAGGUGGCAAAAAGGUGACCGAAGAUGCAUGUUUGCAUGACUUUGAGGAUUCUCAAUGCUUAAGUGAUGACACAGAUACAGAAGCUGUUUCUGAGGACUGCUGGCAAUGCACCAAAUGCAAGAAAUUUAACUCUCCAGGCAAACGGUACUGUUACCGCUGCUGGGCCUUACGGAAAGACUGGUACUCAGAUUGUCCCAAACUGGCUCAUUCUCUUUCUCUGUCCAACAUUGAUGCUAUGCAGAACAAAAAUGAUGAUGAAGGGAUAGAUGUCCCGGACUGCCGAAGGACUAUUUCUGCUCCAGUUGGCCAACCCAAAGACCUGUACAUGGUAGAAAACAAAUCACGUGUAGAUCCCUGCAGCUCUAUUGAGUCUUUGGAUUUGGCACGAGAGUGUGAAAGCAAGGAGUCUCUGUUGCAUUUCACUGAGCAUAAAAAGGAGGAAGAAAUACAGUCCUUAGAGAGUAUAAAAAAAUUACUGAAUCCUUGCUUCUUAUGCCAUCACAGACCACGGGAUGGGAAUAUUGUCCAUGGAAGGACUGCUCACCUUGUGGCCUGUUUCAAGUGUGCAAAGAUGCUGAAGAAAAAGAGAUCACCUUGCCCAGUGUGCAGGAAAGAGAUUGAGAUGGUGAUCAGGAUCUUUAUGGGGUAGUUGUGCCAGCUCAGGCCUUCUCCACCAAAAGAUAGCACACGGGUUUUUUUGCACUCACACAAACCCUAACUUCAGAGCUCGGCCAGUGAAUACCAAAGAAUUUAGAUUCAGUCUGACCAAGAACACUGAGGAAUCCUCUGCAUUAAAUGAAGCAUCAUCCACUUUCGAUGUCCAUUUAAAUUAAAGCCUCUAGGGAGCAGGGAGUGACUAGCACAUUGGUAUCAAUGCCCCAGCUUUAAAAUUGUCUCAAUCUUUUAAUUUCAGCUCAGUGGUGUCACUAGGACUCUCUGUUCUGACAACUGGUCCUUGAAGAAAAUGAGUUUUGGAAAGAGUUAAACUUUGGCUGUUGGAGCAUUGUUCUCCAGUAAGUCAAACCCUGUGCAAUGCCUUUUAAGGGGGAGUCUGCAUCUGAGAUACAUAUAUGCAGGGAUGGGAAAGGAGGUGGGAGGGAAGGGUAGACCAAGGUGUUUGCAAUUUAGAUAAGCCAUUUCUCCAAGGAUCAGUUUGCCUGAGGGCAGUGAGAAGUAAAUAACCUGGUUUCUGAUUUUUUUGUUUGUUUGUUUAAUGUAGGUUUGUUAGAUAAGGUGAAGGUCCUCUUGCUCCCAGACUUGAAAUAAGUCCUCCCAAAUGUUUAAUCCGUAGCUAUCUCAGGUCACAUGGCAAAAGAAUAGGGAGUUAUACUUUGCUUUGUUAUUGGAGCUUUUAAUUUUUAUUGAUUCUUUUUUUCAUUUAAAUACAGUUCUAUGUCCUCUUGCAUAGCUUUGUUGAAGCCUGUCCAAUGUUAGCUCAGAAUCUGGUCUGCCAGCUGGAUUAAAUUAUAACAGCUCUGUGCAUGUUUUGGGAUGUUCUCAUAGCUCUGUGCUUACAGCACCAUUGCAACUUCUACCUGCCCCAUCUCAUCAGGCCAGUCUAGAUAGAAGAUGCUCACUUUAGAGUGCAAUGUGGCUUUAACAACAGGAUAUGGGCCACUGAGGGGAAAAAAAAAAAUUCCUGUAAAGCACCAGUUGCAGCUGGUUAGUCUAUGGGCUGUGCUUGGUGUUAGUUUUUUUAAUUUUUCUCCACUGAUUUUCUUUCCCUGUCAUUUCAUGCUUCAGAUCUGUUUGCAGCAUUUACGUUGUCCUUCAGAGCUACACAUGGUUGCUCUAUGGGCUGUUAAAAAAAAAACUCAGCUAGAACUUGCUUUAAAAAUGUCUAGCCCUUUUCUGAGAUUAUAUCCUAGAGUAUGCUCAGAUCUUCAUCAGCCUUCCUGUUCUGCAGGGCUUUGGAGGGCCUGCAUCAUGCAGCAGUAGCUAUAGUGCCUUCACCUUUUAGGUAUACAGGCAUCUGAAUUCAGUACAGUGUGUAGAAUAAACCCGGUUUUGUCAUCUUCUCUAUAAUUCCCUCUCUAAUCUAGGAAGUACACCUGAAGACAAAAAAAGAGAAGAUAGUGCUCAUACCUUGGUGCUUCUCUAGGCUGUUUCCACCUUCUUUUCCACACUCCUUGUGCUGGUCCAGCUACAGCAGGUCAGGCAUGCAGUGGAAGGCCCCAGAACCUGCCCAGUAGAAGGUCCCAGCAAACUGCGAUGUCAAAGUUGUUGUUUCUCUGCAAAGAUAUCAGAGUAGGUGCUAUAUGCAGUCUCUGCCUACCACUGCCAAAAGUCGGGUCCACUUUAUAUUUUGCGUAGUAUUGUGAUUAUUUCUAUGUUGGCUAUUAUUUAGACUAUUGUUGUUGGCUGUUAUUUACAGUUGUAUUUGAAAAAUCGGAGGAUAACCAUCUGGUGUUUUGGUGCACUAUCUAUAAGUCCAUGGGAAUCAAUCCACAUGGAAAAGCUGACUUACUGCUCCCUUAACUGAAGGGCUGUUAAAUUGCUGGUGAUGCACUUUAAUCAUGCUAAGAUCAGCAGCGUUACCGCCUGGAAUCACCGAAGGGAGUUCCUGCCAGGUAGUUUCUUCCCUUUUCAGGUAGUUUCUUUCCUUUUAAGGGUCUUGGGCUCAGCAGGGUGCGUUGUGGCACUUUGUGGCACUUCUGAAUACUGUGAAUUCCCCCUCAUCCCGAUUGCUUCUGAGAACUAAAUGUUUUGCUAAAAAGCAGUUUUGCUGAAUUGUUCAGAUCUGGCUGCACUGAAAAGCAUGUAAUUUGUGUUGACCAAAAAAAAAGUCAGGAGAGUUUAAGUUCCAGUAAUGGGGUUGAAUAUCGCUACCAAAAUCCUACUGAGAUCUGUACGCAGCUUCCAUUAUUAAAUGAAAAUUGUUGUCAGUGUGGCAGUUUGUGAUAAAAAGCAAAUCUGCAGGAUAACUUUCAGUGUAACUAUCUUUGUAUCUGUGACUUCUUGUUCAGUAUAACCAUAGUGUUUACACACGCAUUUGUCAAGUUCUUAAUUCUUUUUAGCAGAAAUAAUUAGUGGACAUAAGAUACCACAAUGUUACAGUUGAUUUUCCUUCCUAUAGAAGUAUAAGCUAUUGCAGUACAAGCACGUUGUGUGUAGCUGUAACUGCCCAGUUGUGGCUGAGGCUUGGGGGCGGGGGGGGAGUUCUAGUGCAGGACAAGGCGAGAAGAAUGUUUUAUUGCUUUAACUUAAGUCUAAGUCUAAAGAAGUAGCAAUUUACCAAGAACUGCUCUUCUGACACUUUGUAGGAAGUGGAGACUUGAGGUAUGGGUUGAAGAACUAGCACUCAGCUACAAUACUUAACGUUGCAGUGCAGAUGAGAUAUUGGCCAGGCGGUGUUAUUACUUUCCUUUUCUACAGAUGUGGCAGUUAAUGUGGAGUCCUAAUUCAGAAACCCAUUUUUUGGAGGAGCUAAGCAUUUACCUGAGAUGGGUAUGAACUCGGGUUCUCUGAAUACGUCAUUGGUGUCUCAUAGUGGAUGACAGUUCUUCUCUCUUACAGUGGUUUUACUAUGAAGUGCAAUAUGAGAGAAGAGGUCCUUGGUAAUUUUUAGCAGUCAUUGCUGCACAUCUGUUAGAGGAAGUGUUGAGUGCAGCUGUCUUUCGAUGCUCAGACUAAAAAAGUUUAUCUGUUUCACUGCUUUUUUUCUUCGAUGACGUUGGUUGCUGUUCCGCAGGAGCCUGCUAAAGUCUCAAAGGCACAAGUGUACCUGUAGGUCAGGUUUCAUUACUAGAUCCCUCUGCUUUUCCACCAGAAGUUUUGGCACUAGUUAUCCCCAGAACCAGCAGAUUUCUUACUUUAGUGGGUAUUUAAAUACUGUAUAGUGCCGUUCAGCACAUUAUAGUGCUCUGCAGUGUGAAACCAUACGUAUGUGUAAACUCUCUGUAUUGGCAACCAGAGGUACAGACGUUGCAUUUGCUCCUGAAAGUCUUUCCAGUUUAAGUGCCUCUUCUCAGUUACUCUCAGUGAUUCUGUUUACUGACACACAGAGCACAUCAGCCUUUUCUUCAGCUCUCUCUUCAAAAAUCUCAGCGUCCCUCCUCUGCUGAGAUGUAUUAUCGAGCCAAUUUAGCCUAAACAAAGCCUCUACAUGAAUUACAAAGAUCCUUUGGAGCACCUCCCCAGAGUGCUUAUUUCUUCUGAACGGUGGGUGUUGCCAAAGACAGCUAUGAACUUUCUGCCUGUGCUACGUAUUUAUUACGGUGCGUGACUGUGAUGGAAACCAUAAUGCAGCUUGCCAGGGUCUGCUCCAUCCUUCUGUGUCCAACAUAGAUUGUAUCUGAUACCAAGAAGCUGUCCUUGCAGAGACAAAAGUGGCUGUUGGACAAAUGGAAGUGGAAAUGGAGUGGAAACUGAGUGUCUCAAAACCCAUCGGGGUAGCUUUCUUUUGCCUGCUCACACUCUGCCUGUUCUGAGCUUCAUCUUCCAGUCCUGGAAGAAAAAACAAAAUGGUCUCACUAGAGGCCUUCAGUGACAUCUGACCGUUUUGGAAGAUGCCAUGAUUAAGUGAUUGAAGGAAGAGCUGGGGCACUGGUCUCCAUUCUGUCUGUCCAUAAGCUGAGCAAGGAACUCCUCGAGUCCUGUGCAUGCUCUUCGGCCACCUGUACAUUGGCAAGCAGCAUCAGGAUCCUUGAAAAGGAGAUACUGUGAGGCCAUUCUAUCAAGAGCCAGAAUGAGACCCACAAAUGAUAUGGGGGUGAUAAACUGUGUUUGGAACACCUCUGGAAGCACAGAUGACCUUUGGACAGCAGCUUUUCUGCUCUGGAAAUCCUUCUUCAGUUAUCUGUCCACAGUGACAGGAAUUUCCCUUUGAAAACAGGUGAGACCCUGCUUGCGACUACAUGGUAGUGUCUGGCCAGCAGAACAGUCAGCUGCCACUAGCUGGGUUACACAUCCCAUCAACUUGCUCUCUGCACCUUAUUAUGAUUAAUACAGGCAGCUGUUGUGAUUGCAGUCCUGUUUUUCUGUGCUAUUUUACCCUGGUAAUGUGCACUUGCUGCUCACACAUCUGUGGGGAUGUCCCAUGCCUGCUGUGCUGAGCAGGUGCUUCAAGAAGAUGCAGCCCACUGAAGUCGGCAGUUAUCUUCAGAAUCUCCGACUCCUAGAAGGCAUAAUCACAUCUGAGGAUCAGUCUGAGAAGAUCCUUGAAGAAGGCAGGAACAUGUACCUCUGGCAAAGAUAAAGACUUGCUGUUCUGGAAAGAGUGAUUUCCUGCUGGAUCUCCCCAGCACCCUUCCCUGCAGCCUGUUGUUCCCAGAUACAUUUUUCUUGUUUAGAAAAACUCCAUGUCUCAACAUACACCCACACAGUCACUGCAGUAACAAGCAGGAGUGCUUGCUAAACAACAUCUGUGUGUUUGCACUAUUUAAAAAAAAGGCACGUAUCGCAAAACUGAUGACCUGUUUUUGUGUCCUGCGCAUAAUGAAUUUAAUUAAAUUGAGCGCGUUCUAUGAUAACGUAGGUUUAUUUUUUCAUUUGUACUGCGUUUCGGGGAAAACCUUUUAAGUAAAGGCCUGUAAGCAGCUAA